CAGCAUUCUAUGACCACUUGGCUUUAAAUCUGCGAUCUCGUUUGCACUGGAAAAAUAUGAAGAAGAAGGCCAACAAUGCAAUUACGGAAAAUGAAAGCGGCUCCGCCACAUUGACUCGCGUCCGCGACAAUCAGCGGCGAUCGCGUGCCCGGCGCAAAGAGUACAUUCAGCACCUCGAGCAACGGCUACGGUCAUUCGAAAGUCUUGGAGUGGCUGCAUCGCAAGAAAUUCAGCAAGCGGGGAGAAAGGUUGCGAAAGAAAAUGCUCUGCUCCGAUCACUGCUAGUGCUUCGUGGCGUGACUCAGAAUGAGAUUGAAGUCUUUCUCAAGUCUCACGCAGAUGUUGCUCAUGGAGAAACGCUCAAAUCAGCGCCAGCAACAAGUUGUCCAGUAACGCCACAGAUCGAGCCGCCUGUGGUUCUUGGCGUUUCACAAGGAAAAUCCGACAGACCAUUAAACGUUUCGCCGCGGAGAGAGGCUGUCGAUGGACAAAAUGUCUCGACCUAUAGCCAAUCUUUACAAGUUCAUACGCACGCCAAUCGGCAGGAACUGGAAACGGAUGGAGCGUCAACAAACUUGCCGGUUGACAUACCAGGGAAUAAGCCUGCAUUUGACCAAUUCAACGGAGAUCAUCAAGAGAAAGGUCACUUUACAUCAUGCGAGAGUGCAGCCAGAAUCAUCGCCGGCUUGCGAGGCUAUAGCGAUAGCCAUGACUUACGAUCAGAGCUAGGCUGCGGCGGAGAAGCGGAUUGUAUGGUCAAGAAUCUGAAUCUCUUUGAGAUGUUUGAUAAAUAACAGUUUAUUCGCCUAACGAGUUCAACCAAUAUAUAAUAUCCCCUCG